AUGACGCAAUCUUCUAUUAUCCUUGUUACCGGCGGAAACACCGGAAUUGGUUAUGAGACCGUCAAAGCAUUGUAUGCUUCCUCAAAACCCUACAAAGUCUUGAUGGGUAGUCGCUCCCUUGAAAAGGCCAGUGAUGCAAUCUCCAAGCUCAAAACCGAGGUUCCGGAAUCAAAAUCAGAAGUUGAGGCAAUUCAGCUGGAUAUCGAGGAUGACGAAUCCAUUGAGAAAGCUUUCGAGGAGGUCAAGAGCAAGUAUGGUCGUCUUGAUACCCUAGUAAACAACGCAGGUGCAUCUUUUGACAACGACCUGCGCAAAGAUACCAGUCCCAAAAGUAUUCGCGCGGUCUGGGACAAAGCCUACUCGCUCAACGUCACCUCGACUCAAGUCAUGACGUAUACCUUUGCGCCCCUCCUGAUUGCUUCGUCUGACCCUAGGUUGCUCUUUGUAACCUCCGGUCUAUCCUCCUUGGAAACCUGCUCUGGUGGUACCGACUCCAAGCUUGUCGGUGCAGGCAAAGCAAAAGGCUGGCCCAAGCCUCAAAAUCCGACUCCAACAGCCUACAGAGCCAGCAAAACGGCGUUGAACAUGCUAAUGUUGAGCUGGGCAAUAAUGCUUGGAGCAGACGACGCAAAGGUGUUCGGUAUCAGCCCAGGGUUCUUGGCUACGGGAUUGGGAGGAUUGGGGCCUGAUUUCCUGAAGAAGUUUGGUGCAGGAGAUCCAAGUGUUGGUGGCGAGCUCAUCAGGGAUGUUGUCGAGGGGAAGCGAGACGAGCAUGCUGGCAAGGUUAUCAACAAAGAUGGUGUGCAGCCUUGGUGA